AUGGCGCUGUUGUGCCCGGAUGAAUCAUGCCCUGCACCUGAGUAUGAGUUGUCUUUGAGGACAGCGCAACUUGAAAAUGUAUUUGAGAAGACGCUUGCUCAAGUGAGGCAGCUCUUUGAUAGCGAGUCUACCCGAAUCGUCAAGGUCAAUCGAUUACUGCUCGAAGCCGACAAUGAUCAUCUGCGUAUGCGAUGUCAGCAGGCAGACAAGGAAAUAUCAGAACUGGUCGAAGCAGAAUCGGAUUUAAGACAACGGCUUCUCGAAGCUCACCAUGAAAUAUCAGAUUUAAAAACUGCUCUUCGCACAAAUUCUCGAACAGUCCAAGAUCUAAAGAAUGAGAUUGCGUCUCAAAACCGCAAGUUGUUGGAAUAUGAAACGGUCUUGGCAGAAAAGCUAAGCCUCGCGAAGGAGCUGUCAGAUUUACGGUCAGAAGUCGAUCGUCUUAGAAGCCAGAAUAUCUCACAUCAAACUUUACUCUCCGAGAAAUUGUCACUUGAACGUCAGCUUAAUUCACUUGAGAUUCAGAUGGAAAAUGAAAGACGUGCAUUCGAGCGUGCAAGGCUCAACGAUUCAAAGCAAAUGGAAGAAGAGAUGAAAGUCCGCUCGCAAUUGGAGAAAAUCCAGACCGAAAUGGCCAAGGAGAUCUCGGAGAGACGGCGACUUGAACGAGAAAACCGUGAAAGAGCCAUUGAAUGGGAAGGCCAGAAAAAACUCCUGGAAGACAAGCUGGAAGCUUUACGGAAAAAGUUGCGAUCGACAAAGGAUAGGCUGAAAGAAGCCCAAAAUGAAUCGCAGAAGCCACGUAUCGUUUUGACCAAAGACAAAACUAGCGAGACUGGGCCACGUGUCCAAAGCAUUUCACUUAGCCGUGCAACAUCCGGGUUUGAUCCUGAUAUGACCAUUGCGACUCCGGGAGCUGUCCAUGUCACAGAGAAAGUUAAGCGAUCGUCGACCCUCCCUGGAGAUAAAUCAUCAUUCUCAAUCACGCCGUAUCUCAGACGCACAAACGCUGCCCCGGACUCGCCCGCCGGCUUAACAGAUGAUGAGGAAGAACGCUAUGAAUCACAACAAGUACUAAACCGUGAUAUUGAUUCUCAUGAUAAUAGCAAUGUGGAAAGUGAAGCAGGGCAUACUAAGUCAACUAUUACGAGCACUCUCCGUCAUUCAACGGACCACGAUGAGGUCAGGACGCUCAAUGAAUUCCCCGGAACAAAGUCAACAGAAGCGCCAGUUGAAUUUUCUAAACAAAGUGAGGGAAUUGAGCCGAUAAUUCCCACUGCGUCAGUUAAUGCUAUGUCAACGCAGGGGAGGCAAAAACAAAAGAAGCGCAAACUUCUAGGUUCCCAGCGUGAGAAAACCUUGUUUGAUGAGGAAGAUGAUAAGCCCGAGAGGGGAAGAAAGGACAAAAGCCUCGCAACUGGCCAGAAUUCGGCUAUUAAUCACCCACAGUUAUUCGGUGUUUCAAGCCGAGGGUUUGGGGGUACAACCGAGUUUUCCCCGCUGAAACGAGACAAAAGACCUGUGUAA